AUGCUGGAAUUCCUGUAUUUUAGCCCAGAAAGUCUUCAUAAGGCAGUACUCAGUCAGACUGCCUACCACCUGAUGUGUGGUGGAUCUGAGGAAACACAGAAGUCAUCACAGGACAGACAGCUUACUGAAUGGGAAAGCAAUGCAGCUAAGCAUGUUUCUAUGGCAAGCCAGUUGUCAGAAGUUUCUUCUAAGAUUUUGGACUGGAGAAAACUAGAACUCAGCUGCUGGAAGCAGUGCCUAGACAAUGUCUUUGUAAAGCAGUCCAAGAAAGCCAACAAAUGGUGGUUCCACAUUUAUCAACUUAUCCAGGCAACUUGUCAACAGGAGGAGACUUCAGAAGAUUCAGAUUCAGAAGAGAAAGACUUGUCAGAGGUCAUGCGGACCCUCAAAGAGUUCAUGGAGAGGUCCAAUCUAGGGGAAUUUGAGGCUCGACUAGGGAUGUUGAAGUCGUUCCAUUGUCAAAGCAUGUACCUCUGUACUGAGGCCAAAGAAGGGGGGACGCAAUCACAAGGCAUGAUGAAUUUACUAUGGAACCUGUAACAGUUUUACAGUCAGUUCUUACCAUUGGUUAGAGAGAAAAUACAGCAAUUAAGAAAA